GACACCAGCAAGGAGGGGCGGAUGGGAACGGCCACACCAGCGAGGAGGGGUGGGCGGGGGCCUGGUCUCAGUCACAAUCCACAGAGCUGCAUCACCGAGAACGGUUCUAGGCCUGGCCAUCGUCCCUCUCCUCCCAGGCCCACCCACGGUCUCUGCUUCAGUCUUGCUUCCAGCAGCUCCGUGCAUUUUCCCACUGCAUGUGGUUUUCUGCCUGCAUGCUAUGUGGGUGUGUCUCAUGGGAGACUAGAGCUGCGUGGCUGUCAUUUGGGAAGCUUUUUCCUUUGAUCUUCCAUGGGCAGUACCCACGUGUUUUUCUGUCAAAGCCAUUUGUGAUAAUGUUUGUGUCGUUUUUUCUGGCUAGGCAAGGCCGUAUGGAAACCAGUGGGUGCUCCCUGUUCCCUCCUCUGCAGCAGUGCGCCGUAUCUCAGAAACACGUGAACUUGCUCAGUUGUAUUUUCCAGGUAUGUGAUGAACCGGAGGAGCUGAAGAGGAAGGUUACUGAGUUGGCUGCUGCUGUCCGGAAUGCCAAGCACCUCAUUGUUUAUACAGGAGCUGGGAUCAGUACGGCAGCCUCAAUCCCAGACUACCGUGGCCCUAACGGCAUAUGGACGCUGCUGCAGAAGGGCAGGACCAUCGGGGCUGUGGAUAUGAGCGAGGCAGAGCCCACACUCACACACAUGAGCAUUGCCAGCCUGCACAAGCACAACCUGGUGCAGCAUGUGGUAUCUCAAAAUUGUGACGGGUUGCACCUGCGGAGCGGGUUACCCCGAGCAGCAAUAUCCGAGCUCCACGGGAACAUGUACAUAGAGGUCUGCACUUCCUGUACACCAAACAGAGAGUACGUGCGAGUCUUCGACGUGACGGAGCGUACCGCCCUGCACAGGCACCACACGGGCAGGAUGUGCCACAAGUGCGGGGCACAGUUGAGAGACACAAUCGUCCACUUUGGGGAGAAGGGGACGUUGAGGCAGCCCCUGAACUGGGAAGCAGCAACAGAAGCUGCGAGCAAAGCAGAUGUGAUUCUUUGUCUGGGUUCCAGCUUAAAGGUUUUGAAAAAAUACCCGCGCCUUUGGUGCAUGAGCAAGCCACCGACGCGCCGCCCCAAGCUCUACAUCGUGAACCUGCAGUGGACUCCCAAGGAUGACCUGGCUGCCCUGAAGCUGCACGGCCGCUGCGACGAUGUGCUGCGGCUGCUGAUGGCGGAGCUGGGGCUGGAGAUCCCGCGCUAUGACCGGGCGCGGGACCCCAUCUUCGCACUGGCUGAGCCGCUGCGCCCCGGUGAGGAGACCACGCACUCGCGGAAGCCCGUGGCGCCGCCGCCGGGGACUGAGCCGCCACCGGCGGAGGAGAAGGACGACAAGGCCAAGGCGGCGGCGGCGCCCGCCCGGCCCGGGGGGUGGCUGGGCCGCGGCUGCACCAAGGGCGCCCGGCGGAGGAAGAGCAACUGACCGCACCAGCAUGGCGGCGGCGACACCGCCAACAUGGCGGUGACCGGACCAAGAUGGCGGCGAGGGUGGGGGUGGGUUGUGGGGACCGCCCCAAGAUGGCGGCCGCGGUGUGCUGGUGGUGGCGACCCUCCCAAGAUGGCGGAAGGGGGGG